GUGUGUAUGUUACUCAGAGUAGAAGCCAAAAUCCUUGAAAAGACCUUCACAAGCCCUGCACGUAGGUGGUUCUUCAGUGGGUUUGAGCUUUGAAAGCGCCGCCAAUACCAACAUUUACUUUGGAGGCUUUCAGGACAGAGGAGCUUCUUAUAGGGGACAGGAGAGGAGGAAGACCAGACAGAAGCAGGCUGGACAAGGAGACUCUACCACAGAGGCAAGAUGACGAAGCUCACCCUGCUCACGGGUCUGCUCUUCGUGCUGACGGCUGAGAUAGGUUCUGCCUACCACCUGACAUGCUACUUCACCAACUGGGCCCAGUACCGUCCUGGCCUGGGACGCUUCAAGCCUGAUGACAUCGACCCCUGCCUCUGUACUCACCUGAUCUAUGCCUUUGCUGGGAUGCGUAAUAACGAGAUCACCACCAUCGAAUGGAACGAUGUUGAGCUUUACCAAGCUUUCAAUGGUCUUAAAAACAAGAAUAGUGAACUGAAAACUCUCCUUGCUAUUGGCGGCUGGAACUUUGGAACUGCCCCCUUCACUGCCAUGGUUUCCACUCCCGAGAACCGCCAGACCUUCAUCAACUCGGUCAUCAAAUUCCUGCGCCAGUAUGGGUUUGAUGGGCUGGAUUUUGACUGGGAGUACCCCGGCUCUCGUGGGAGUCCUCCUCAGGACAAGCACCUCUUCACUGUCCUGGUGCAGGAAAUGAGGGAAGCUUUUGAGCAGGAGGCCCAGCAGGUCAACAAGCCCAGGCUAUUGGUCACCGCUGCCGUAGCUGCUGGCAUCUCCAACAUCGAGUCUGGCUAUGAGAUUCCCCAGCUGUCCCAGUACCUGGACUUCAUCCAUGUCAUGACCUAUGACCUCCACGGCUCCUGGGAAGGCUACACUGGAGAGAACAGCCCCCUCUACAAAUACCCAACUGACACUGGCAGCAAUGCUUACCUCAACGUGGAGUACGCCAUGAACUACUGGAAGGCUAAUGGAGCUGCAACUGAGAAACUCAUUGUUGGAUUCCCAACUUAUGGACACACUUUCCUCCUAAGCAACCCCGCCAACAAUGGAAUCGGAGCUCCUACCACUGGCGCUGGCCCUGCUGGACCCUACACCAGGCAGUCUGGGUUCUUGAGUUACUAUGAGAUCUGUACCUUCCUGAAGAAUGGGGCCACUGAAGUGUGGGAGGCCAGUGAGGAAGUUCCCUAUACUUACAAAGGCAAUGAGUGGAUUGGAUAUGACAACACCAAGAGCUUCCAAAUCAAGGCUGAUUGGCUGAAGAAGAACAACUUUGGAGGUGCCAUGGUCUGGGCCAUUGACUUGGAUGACUUCACAGGCUCUUUCUGCAACCAGGGCCGAUACCCCCUGAUCAGUACCCUGAAGAAUGCCCUUGGUCUGCAGAGUGCAAGUUGCAAAGCCCCAAGCCAGCCCAUUGAUCCCGUCCCAGAUACCCCCAGCUCAGGCAGUGGCAGUGGUGGCUCUGGGAGCAGCUCCGGGGGGAGCAGCUCUGGAGGGAGCGCCGGUGGCAGCGGAUUCUGUGCUGGCAAGUCCAACGGCCUGUACCCUGACCCCACCAACAAAAAUGCCUUCUACAACUGCUUGAAUGGGCAGACCUACAGUCAGCACUGCCAGGCUGGCCUUGUCUUUGAUCCUUCCUGUUCCUGCUGCAACUGGUGAUAUGUUUCCCAGAUACCACCUCACUCAUUCCGUCCCAGAAAUUGUACAAUAAAGGGUUGA